UCUCUGUCUAUUGGUUCAGCUAGACAUCACUCAGAGAAAUCUCUGGGUCUUCCUACCUAUGGUUACCGCCCUUGGACUGAGUGAGAAAUCAAGCACUGUAGACAUCGCAUUCAGUGGGAAGACGGGCGUAACUUGGAGAUUCCUUAGUUUGGUCCCAAUAGCCUCAGGUAGCCUCUUCCUGUUCUGGAGCAGUUAGCCUGAGAGGGAACAUUGUGGCUGUGGUCUGCUGUUCCGUGUUGCUUAGCAAGUUAUAGCCGGCACCAUGGCGCUGUCAUUCAAGAAGGACCUGGAAAAGUACAAGGAUCUCGACGAAGAUGAAAUCCUCAACAAGCUGACUGCGGAGGAGCUCAAACAGCUGGAGACUGCCCUCGAGGAGAUAGACCCUGAGAAUGCUCUUCUCCCAGCGGGCUUACGUCAGAAGGACCAUACAACUAAGACAGCAACAGGAACAUUCAACAGGGAAAACCUUCUCAAAUACCUGGAGAAGGAAGCCAUGGAGUACAAGGAUAGAGAUGAUGUAGUGCCCUUCACUGGGGAAAGAAAAGGUAAAGCAUUUGUUCCUAAGCAGAAGCCAAUGGAAACCCGCCAGGAGGAAGUCACAACCCUCGAUCCAGAAUUAGAGGAAGCCCUGUCGAGUGCCACAGAUACAGAACUGUGUGAUCUAGCAGCGAUCCUAGGUGUUCACACGCUGGUCACCAGUAGUCAGACAUAUGAUGGGACUGCAUCCAAAGAGGGUUACAACAAUGUGAUCAAAGGGGAGAAGAUGAACCCGGUGUUUGAUGAGCCUCCCAAUCCCACUAAUGUAGAAGAAACUCUGCAGAGGAUAAAAAGCAAUGACAGCUCCUUAACAGAGGUCAACCUUAACAACAUUAAGAACAUUCCAAUUCCAACACUGAAAGACUUUGCCAAAGCCAUGGAGAAGAACACAACCGUCAAGAAGUUCAGCCUGGCAGCAACAAGGAGUAAUGACCCUAUUGCUGUGGCGUUCAGUGACAUGCUGCGAGAGAACAAGACGUUGCGAGCUUUGAACUUGGAGUCCAACUUCAUCACCGGGGUAGGGGUGCAGGCUUUGGUUGAUGCGUUGCGAGACAACGACACCCUCACAGAAAUCAAGAUAGACAACCAGAGGCAGCAGCUGGGUACUACUGUAGAGAUGGAGAUAGCUAAGAUGUUGGAAGAGAACAACAACAUAGUGAAGUUUGGCUACCACUUCACCCAGCAAGGACCUCGCUCCAGAGCUGCAGCAGCUAUCACCAAGAACAAUGAUCUGGUACGCAAGAAGCGAGUGGAAGGGGACCUGUAGGGACGAAGCCCAACCUGUCUCCCAGCCAAUCCUAUUUCAUCUCACCACGUGGAAUAAUUUCAGCCAAUGCCCUGGUCUCAUCUCACUGUGUGGAAACUUUAGUCUUGUGCCAAACUACGGGGCAAGGCGCGCUCAACCAGAACAUACAUCUGAGAAGAAGGGAAAUAACUGGAAUUGCCCUCUCCCAUUUACAUGUUCAUACUUAUGGUUAUUAUUAUGUUGUUAUUGAAGGUGUAAAUCUGAUUUGUUAUUAGUCUUUUGAUUUCAGCUGCUCAUUUUUUUUUUUUUUUUUUGUUAGCCUUUAUGUGAUCUAUCCAGACUUUCUACUUGCUUUCAACCCUUUUUUUAUACUGCGGUUACAUCAUAUGGAAUAAACAUGAACAUUACCAAGUAACAGAAACAACAAUCUCAUGGAAAAACAAAAACUCACAUUGACAGAGCCCUUUAUCCAACCAUGAUAGUUUGAGGCCUAAGCUCCCAGUGGAAUACCUGUAUUGAAUCAGCAGAAUUUGUCAUUAGAACAAUAGGGACAGCUCUAAAGUCGAUCUAGGCUUAAGCAUCAGAAAGUGACGUGAAGCAAAGGUAGACCAUUCUGUUAGAACCUCACUAGCAGAAUGGUUAUAAUAUAGCAUAGCCAUGACUACUGCAAACCUUUUCUGACUGUACAGCUUUAGAUACUAGAAGUUAUCCUAAGGUAACAUAAGUCAUCAUGUGGUCAGAUCACUGUUAUCCAUUCCAUAUGCAUGGGGGUUUGCAGAUGUUUAUUGGAGUUGCCUUGUAAAGCCAGCUUGACUGGCUGGUUAUGUAACGGUUAAAUUUGUGCUAGCCUCAGAACAGAUGCUGGCUCCGCAACUUAAAUGAAUUUAAUUCUGUACGUAUCGAUGCAUAAUGUUUU